AUGGCAUACCUAGGAGAAGAUAAAUGCUUCAUUGAAAGUGUAGAUCCAGACAUCAUGUCUUAUGAUGAUAUUCAAGACAUGGCUGACCAAUUAGGGUAUGGGGUGAUUACUCAAGUAUUUUACACAGUACCAUAUUUAGAGGGUAAUCAGAAGUUCAGAGAAAUCAAGUGUGAUUUGGAUGUAUUGAGAAUGUUCUAUGCUUAUGAAGCUCAAGGAGAAACCAACUCGAUAACGUUGUACAUUGUUGCACCUUUUUUGAAUAUGCAAGGGUAUGAGGUUCCAAUAGACAUUGCUGAAAAAGAGGACUUAACUGAUAAUUUUGAACAACUGGAAUCAAACUAUGCUCCUAGUGAUGAGUUAAUUAGUCUAUGUAGUUCUGAUGAUGAGGAUAGUGGUCCUAUGCAGCAAGAAUAUAUGCCUUCAAGGGAUUUAGGGGUUAAAGAAUUAGAAUUAGGCAUGAAAUUUGGGACUGCUGUAGAUUUUAGAUUGACAGUUAGGGAAACAGCAUUGAAGAAAAGGUUUGAUGUAAAGUUUAUAAAGAAUGAUGGAGAUAGGGUGAAUGUAGUUUGUAAAAAUGAUUGUGGUUGGAAGAUUUAUGCCAGCAAACCAGAGGAUGAUGAUUGUUUGAUAGUGAAGACAUAUGUGAGUGAACAUACAAACUGCCUUUGGUUUCAAACUAAUUCACAAGCUUCGUCUUCUUACUUAGCUAAUAAGUAUUUAGAGCAGUUGAGAUCAAACCCAAAGAUGCCUCUUCAAACACUUAAGAGCACUAUUGCUUGUGAGUUGAACAUUGAUGUGUCAGAACACAAAGUCAAAAGGGCUAAGAGAAAAGCAUUGAAAGUUAUUGAGGGAGAUGAGGUAGAGCAGUAUGGCAAGAUGAGGGAGUACUCAAUGAAAAAUGGUUUUAAAGAAGGUUGUAGGCCACUAAUUGGUGUGGAUGAGUGUUUUCUAAAGGGGCCAUAUGGUGGCCACAUUCUCAGUGCAAUAAGUAUUGAUGGGAAUAACCAAAUGUUCCCAGUAGCCUUUGCAGUAGUGGAAUCUGAGACAAGGGAUUCUUGGAGUUGGUUUAUGACAGAGUUGAUGGAUGCUGUGGGGCCUUAUGAGGAUAUCACAUUCAUAUCUGAUAGGCAAAAGGGUUUGGUAGACACCUUUGAGAAUAUCAUGGUUGGUUCAAAACACAGAUAUUGUGUGAGACAUCUCUAUGAGAACUUUAAACUGAGGUUUAAAGGGCAGCAACUAAAAAUUGAAUUAUGGGAGGCUGCAAGGUCAUGUACAGAAGCAGAUUUUAAUGCACAUAUGAGGAAGAUACAUGAGUUAAAUGUGGAAGCUUAUAGAUGGCUUCAUAAUGUGCCAUCUGAAUUAUGGUCAAAGUCAGGCUUCUCAUACCAGUCAAAAAGUGAUAUGGUGAUCAAUAACAUGUGUGAAAGUUGGAAUGCAGUAAUUCUUAAAGCAAGGGAUAAACCAAUUAUGUACAUGUUGGAGUGGAUUAGAAGGCAUUUAAUGUUGAGGUUCCAACAAAAGAGAUAA